CUGGGAGAAAGACUCAUGUCUUAUCCAGGCCAGAUACAAAGGCGGUUGGGCUCGGGAGGUGAAGGUCAACUCUCAGGCACACUUGAUGUGCAGCGUGACUGGUCUGGCUGCCUGGGUGGGGGAAGGAGAGCGGAUAUAUCCAGAGACGAGAGCAGGCACACCAAAGGCCUGGUCGCUAUAAUAACAGGAGGAGCCUCAGGUCUAGGUCUGGCCACCGCAGAGCGACUGGUGGGGCAAGGAGCCACUGCUGUACUUCUGGACCUGCCUAACUCAGAUGGGGAGGCCCAGGCCAAGAAGUUAGGGAAGAAUUGUGCCUUCGCCCCAACUGAUGUGACUUCAGAGAAAGAAGUGCAAGCAGCCCUCAAUUUAGCAAAAACAAAGUUUGGCCGUGUGGAUGUGGCAAUCAACUGUGCUGGCAUUGCAGUGGCCAUCAGGACGUACAACUCAAAGAGGAACCAGGCUCACACCUUGGAGGACUUCCAGCGAGUUCUCAAUGUGAAUCUUUUAGGUACCUUCAACGUGAUCCGCCUGGCGGCUGGUGAGAUGGGCCAAAAUGAACCAGACCAAGGAGGCCAACGUGGGGUCAUCAUCAAUACUGCUAGUGUGGCUGCCUUUGAGGGCCAGGUUGGACAAGCUGCAUACUCUGCUUCCAAAGGGGGCAUAGUGGGCAUGACACUGCCUAUUGCUCGAGAUCUGGCUCCCAUGGGCAUCCGAGUAAUGACCAUUGCUCCAGGUCUAUUUGGCACCCCACUGCUAACCACUCUCCCAGAGAAAGUACGAAACUUCCUGGCCAGCCAAGUGCCCUUCCCUAGCCGACUGGGUGACCCUUCUGAAUAUGCUCAUCUGGUACAGGCCAUCAUUGAGAACCCAUUCAUCAAUGGAGAGGUCAUCCGGCUAGAUGGGGCCAUUCGCCUGCAACCUUGAAGGGGGAAGGCAGAAGAACACUGCCUUUCCUAUCCAUGAGGAAGUGCAAUAGCUAUCUUGUAACUUGGUUCACUAGUCACUCACUGUGCCUAAUAAAGUUUUUAUUUCUCACAA